AUGAAAAUGAUUAUCUUCCUUGCCUUUACACUAUUCCUCCAGGGGACUCUUGGGGAAUUAGACUGUGAGGAAUUGCCAAUUGGUUUGUGUUCAUUCUCAAUAGCAUCCUCUGGGAAGCGGUGCCUGUUAGAGACAUACGCAUCAAACGAUGGAACCACGGAUUUCCAAUGUAGGACAUCUGAGGUGGUUGCAAUUAACUUGCACGAGUAUAUUGAGGCUGAUGAAUGUGUGAGUGCAUGCGGGGUUGAUAGAAAAUCUGUCGGGAUCUCAUCAGACUCCCUUCUCGAUUCUCAGUUCACCGACAAGCUAUGCUCACAACAAUGUUACCAGAAAUGUCCCAACAUUGUUGAUCUUUACUACAAUUUGGCUCUGGGAGAAGGAGCAUUUUUACCUGAUAUGUGCAAAUCUCAACCAACAAAUUCACGCCGUUCAAUGGCUCAGAUUCAAAGUUCUGGUGCAGCUCUUGGCCCUAUAGCUGCUGCUGGUCCUAUGUCUACUGUUGCUCCUUCUCCAUCUUCGCCUGUAGAUUGUGCUCCAGCUCCAGUGUAA